AUGAUCAAACUUAGAUAUAUAUUGAACACCAAGAGACAAUUCGCCGCAAGCCUUAAUCGGGAAAUGAAAAAACGUUUAGGAGUGCCAGCCGCAAGUGAGGUGCCACUGUACAGAAACGUGUUCGACAGAGCAGAUAACCCGAAGCUGUGGGCGUUAGACACAACGAAAUAUGAAAACAAGGGCGCAGUGAAAGAGCUGAGCGACCUGGUAACGCCACACGGACACGGACACAAGUUUGGAAACACAGGAGUAACAAGAUACGCACACUACGUAAACGUGUGGGAACCAGUGUUCCCAAGAACACCAGAUAUAUCAAAAGGAGAAUUGAUAUCAGGAGCAAAUUUUACGAGAACGAGCGGAUGGUACAACCCAAAUGAACCAGCAAUAGUGUCAGUGGGAAAACUGGGACCGGAAAAUCAGAGACCAGUAGGAUACGCAGAAAACGCAGUGGUGCCAGAGUCAACAUACCCAGAAGCGUUUCCAGACUUUAGAGAGUACAGACUGCCGAAAGGAACGGACAGAAGAGCAGCAAUCUACCUGAUGACAGCAAGCAUAUUCUUCUUCCUCCUGGCAUUCAUAAGGUCAUCAAUAAUUAAAGUAAUACACUUCUUUUGGCUAUCAAAGGACGCAGUGGCAGAAGGAACACUGGAAGUAAACGUGGGCCAGAUGCUUCCAGGAGACCAAGUGACAGUUAACUGGAGAAAGAAGCCAGUAUUUAUAAGAAGAAGAACACAAGAGGAGAUAACAAGAGCAAGGAAAGAAGAUAUGAAUAAGGGUAAUUAUAUGAUGCGUAGGAAGGACGAUGAGCUGCUGGAGUCGAUGAGAGACCCGCAGCUGGACAGCGAAAGAAACGAAAACCCAGAGUGGCUAAUCAACAUAGCAAUAUGUACACACCUGGGAUGCGUGCCGUACAGAGGAGGAAACUACGGAGGAUUCUUCUGCCCAUGCCACGGAUCGCACUACGACUCGUCAGUAGGAAGAAUAAGACACGGACCAGCUCCAGCGAACCUGGAAGUGCCGCCAUAUAAAUUUAUAGACGAUAACACAAUUAAACUAGGAUAA